CCCGUCCGUCAAUUCCGUUAUUUCCGUCAGUGGCAGAGCGUCGACCGGCGUAGAUUCGCCUGUGCGCUGUGGCUGCGGGUCCGCAUCUAUUUAUAUAUUCCAUCUGUGAUACUUUCUCCUAACCGGCCUGCUACUUUUUCGAUAUCUGUACUUAAAAAUAAUUGAAUUAUAUUUUACUAUUUCCGUCGGUAUUAUCGUGGUUUUUGUGAAGUGUGUGAUAAUUUAUACAGGGAGAACGUGUACCUUCACUACAGAUUUUUAGUGCUUAGUGUGACCGAUUUAUGCGUGAUUCCUGGAAAAAUUUAUUAGUUAUUUUUUAUUUGACUAUCGGAUACUUAAUUGUUCCUAUUAUGUACUUGUUAUAAGAUACAAAUGCUUACCUAAUAUACCUACGUAAAGUUUAAUUUUGUGUAAAAAAGUUCAUCAAAAUGGAAUCAAAAGUUAUACUUCGGGAGAAGAAUCCACAUGAAAAGGCUAAUAUAUUUUCGAAGUUAUUUUUAUGUUGGAGUCUACCAUUAUUUCGCAAAGGAUACAAGGAAGGCAUAAAGGUGGAAGACUUAUGGCAAGCCCGAGAUAGCGAUCAUUCGGGACGGCUCGGGGAUCGACUGGAAGAGGCAUGGAACAAAGAACUUACCAAAGCACGCAAGAAAAACACCCAGCCGUCCCUCCAGAGGGCAAUUGUUUCAUGCUUUUGGCUCGAAUACAUGCUGGUCGGUUUAUUUGUUGCUGUACUAUUUAUAAUACUAUGGCCAAUGGUACCUUAUACACUAGCUUUAUUUAUAGGUUAUUUUGCUGGAGAGAGAACGCCGGAGAGAUAUAGGGAUGCUCAUAUUCAUAAUUUUCUUUUGAAUUUUGUUACAAUAUGUACGGCUUUAUUUUUAUGUCAUACUCAGUUGGGACAAAGUCGAGUAGGAAUGCGAGUGAGGAUAGCAUGUUGUUCAUUAAUAUACCGAAAAAUUCUAAAGCUUAACCGAAUUGGUCUAAGUAAUACAGAACCAGGGCAAGUUAUAAAUUUGAUGUCGAACGAUGUGAACCGUUUUGAUGUAGCAGCUACAUUCCUUAACUGUAUGUGGGUCAUGCCAAUAGUCGUUAUAGUGGUGUCCUAUUUGGUAUGGCAACACAUCCAAUGGGCGAUGUUUGCAGCUCUUGCGGUUAUAUUCCUUCAAACCGUUUUUGUUCAAGCGUAUUUAAGUAAUCUACAGGGUACACUUCGUGGUAAAAUAGCUAAGCGUACUGAUGAGAGGGUUAAAGUUAUGAGUGAACUUGUAAACGGGGUUCAAGUGAUUAAAAUGUACGCUUGGGAAAAACCUUUCGAGAAGCUAGUCGAUAGACUUCGGAAGUUAGAAGUGAAGUUUAUUUUACAAACUUCUUUCAUAAAGGGGUUCUCAACAGCGCUCACGGUGUUUACGGAACGAUUCAUAUUGUUCGCCGCUGUGGUAGCGUUUGUUUUGAUGGGCGGUGAUAUCCGAGCUAGCAUUACAUUCUCGCUCGUACAAUACUACAAUUUAUUACAACUCGCUUGCAAUAUAUUCUUCCCCCUUGCGUUAGCAUGUCUAGCUGAAGCUAAAGUCUCUAUCAGAAGAAUUGAGGAGUUUUUAAGUUUAGAGGAAUUAGAACCUGAAGAACUGGGUGCAAGUUUGAAAAAUGGCAAUGCUCUAACCAACGGUGUACAUAAAGAAAAGGAGAUGCUUAAAGAGAAAGAGGGUUCGGGUCUGAUACUCUCCGAUGUUAGUGCAAGUUGGCAAGCAAACCCAAUAGUACACACAUUACGAAACAUCACAUUCACGGCACGGCCCGGCGAAUUUAUUGGCAUCGCAGGCCUUGUCGGUUCUGGAAAGUCGUCACUGCUAAAUGUUAUAUUGGGAGAAUUAAAACCAGCACAUGGGUCUGUGUCUUUGGGAGGAGCACGUUUGGCAUACGCAAGUCAGGAGCCAUGGCUAUUCGUUGGGACUAUAAAACAAAAUAUAUUGUUUGGUCUGCCUUAUGACAGAUUACGGUAUAAAAAGGUGGUAGCAGCGUGUGCUUUACUACGUGACUUCGAGCAGCUCCCAGCUGGAGAAUCAACAUUGGUUGGGGAACGCGGCAUCAGUCUGAGCGGUGGACAGCGCGCGCGUAUUGGCCUUGCGCGCGCAUGCUAUAGAGAGGCGGACAUAUAUCUCCUGGACGAUCCGUUAUCAGCCGUGGACACGCAUGUCGGGAAGCACCUCGUCUCCGAGUGCGUCAACGGGCUCCUACGUCACUCCACACGUAUUCUAGUAACGCAUCAACUACAUCACCUGAAGACAGCUGAUAAAGUCAUCAUAUUACGCAAUGGUGAAAUCGAGAUACAAGGUUCCUUUGAAACGGUGUCAAAAACUUCUCUAUUUGAGGAACUAUUGGAGGAAGAAGAGCCCACGCAGGAGGAGGAAGCACGCUUACAGACACAAAGGCAAAGGGCUAUGUCUAUUCAGUCACAAGUAUCCAGUGUGAGUACGACAUUGGAUGCGACAAUGGAACCUGAUGAGGAGCCUCAGGAAACUGCUGAAUUGAUGGAAAAAGGUCGAGUGCCUACUUCGAUCUACAGGAAAUACUUCCACGCGGGCGGGAGCUGGUCACUUCUUAUCUUUACGAUUUUCUUUAUUCUCCUCGCACAGCUUGUGACCUCGGCUGGUGAUCUUUGGCUGACCCACUGGAUGAAUGACGUAGAAGCGACGCACGAAUUCGAAGUAUAUUCAUUAGGAAAGAUGACGGAUAGUCCAAACAUCACUGAUGUAAAUGAUACUCUGUCAGUACUGGAUGUGACUACUGACGCGUCGCUCCUAGUAGCCACUGAAUCUACGACUACAAUGAACCCAAAUCUCACCGUUAUUGGUACAAUGAUGAAAACAGCAAUCACAAUGCAGAAUAUAACAUCUCACGACCAACCGUUCGACCACUCGUACUAUAUUUAUGUAUGGGCGGCUGCUAUUGUAGGCUGUAUUUUGUUUACUACUGGAAGAUCGCUAGUAUUCCUGUUCGUGUGCAUGCGGAGUUCGAUAAGGCUACACAAUCGUAUGUUCAGCAACAUUCUCGCAGCGACGAUGCGUUUCUUCGACACGAACCCGUCGGGACGAAUCCUAAAUCGAUUCUCGAAAGACAUGGGCGUGGUGGACGAAACAAUGCCCAAAAUGUUCUUGGACAGUAUUCAAGUAUUCAUGGUAAUGGCGGGUAUAAUUAUUAUGGUGGCCAUUGUUAGUCCGUACAUGUUGUUAACAACGAUAAUCUGCGGCAUUUUAAUGUACGUAUGGACUCUAGUAUACCUCGCUACAGCUCAAGCUAUAAAAAGGGUGGAAGGUGUGACCCGUAGUCCCGUGUUCUCGCACGUGUCGGCGAGCAUGGCGGGGCUCGCUACAGUACGGGCGUGCAACGCACAAGACAUGCUGCGUAUACAGUUCGAUGAUAAACAAGAUGUUCAUACUGCUUCUUGGUACUUAUCACUUAUCACCAAUACAACUUUCGCGAUUUAUUUGAGUUUGAUAUCAGCGGGGUAUGUGGUUGUUGUUGCCUAUACUUUCCUGUUAUGCGAUGACGCCACAACAAAAUCUGGAAAUGUCGGUCUGGCUCUCAGUCAAGGUUUAAUUCUUGUAAACAUGAUGCAACACGGCAUUAAACAAACAACUGAAGCGAUAUCACAAAUGAUAAGCGUGGAGCGAGUCAUUCAAUACACGAAGCUGCCUUUGGAGAAGUUGGAAGGGGUUUCCCCGCCAAAGGAAUGGCCGCAACGAGCAAGACUAGUUUUUAAAGAUCUAUAUUUACGAUAUGAUGCGGAAAGCGAACCUGUGCUGAAGAAUUUGAAUAUCGUCAUUGAGAGUGGAUGGAAGGUUGGUGUAGUUGGACGCACUGGUGCGGGCAAGUCGUCGCUCAUAGCGGCUCUGUUCCGCCUGGCUCCUAUCGAUGGCCACAUCUUUAUCGACGAUUUGGACACGGGAGACAUCGCUUUGAAGCAAUUACGUUCAAAAAUAUCGAUUAUCCCGCAAGAACCAGUCCUGUUUUCAGCCAGCUUGCGUUAUAACUUGGAUCCUUUCGACAAAUACACCGAUGCUGACAUCUGGAAAGCCUUAGAACAGGUGGAGUUAAAGCACAGUGUGACGUCACUAACGUCAGGCGUAGAGGCGGGCGGGUCGAACUUCAGCGCGGGCCAGCGCCAGCUGCUGUGCCUCGCGCGCGCUGCGCUCGCCAACAACAAGCUGAUGGUGCUCGAUGAGGCCACCGCUAAUGUUGAUCCCAACACUGAUGCUUUGAUUCAGAAAUCGAUACGUAAGCAUUUUAAAGACUGUACCGUGGUUACUGUCGCUCAUCGAUUGCACACUGUUGCAGACUCCGACCGUGUUGUGGUCAUGGAAGCAGGGCAAAUAGUGGAAUGUGGCCAUCCACACGACCUAUUGCAAAAAGAAGAUGGCUAUUUCACUAAAAUGGUGAAACAACUUGGAGCGGCUUCAGAACACAGCCUGCGGGAGGUUGCACACAAUGCAUACUUACAACACAUCAAAUAUGUGGACGCUGAUGAUCAGCAAACAUAGUGUAUAAAAUCUUAAUAUUUAAAUUUACAAUAUGUUACCAUGUUUUAAACUCUUGUGUUCCCGACCCUUGAUCCUUCCUUUUUCUUAAAUCCCAAAUCCAGUGUUAUGUAAGCAAUACAUAUGUAGGGCCUAUAUGUAUAAGCAGUGCAAUGCAUUACGUAUUUGUUGAAUUUGCUUUCUACAAAGUUAAAGCUACUUAAGAAUAGUGACAAAUAAUACUGGGUAUUAGAAUUAACCAGUCAAUUUUAUUUUUGAGAUUAUUUUUUUGUACAAUGUACAAGCAUAUACGCAUAAUUUGUAAAAUGAAAGCGAUAUGUCAUACGAUAAACACAUUGUUAAUGUAGUAAUGUAAGUACAAAAUUCAGAGCUACUUAAUGCUUCAAGGACCAAGAUAUUUUACUUUGUCACAAUACUUCUAUUAGAUGUAAUUUAGUACCUAUGUACAUUUGUUAAGGAAACUUUAGUUAUAAACUAUACUAUUACUAUUAUAUACUCUUUCUAAAUAUAGAUAAAUGUUUGCAAGUUCUAUUAAACUGCCACUAUAGGUAUAUUUUAAUGUAAAAAUGGAUGCUAAUUGAGACUUAAUUGUGCCUCUUACUAUGAAACAAAGUUAAGUACUUAUUUAUUUUUAAAUAUUUUAUUAUAAAAGACUACUUUGUGCUAUGAGAUAGAAA